AGUGCGACGAUUUUCUCAUCAUUUGUGAUUAUUGUUUCGCGACUACAUACCUUUUAAUUUUUCUAUUUAUUGGUUAUGUUUUAAGUAGAUAUAAAUGUAUUAAGCAGAAUGGGUUUAUUAAUACAUAGUCGUUAAUGAGAAUGAAAUAAAAAUGAAGUAUUUAUUUAUAAUAUUGUUUGUGGUAGAAUCCUUCGGUGUCGGAUCUGUUGUGGAUAAAGAUAGAAAGGAAAAUACAGAAUUAUCCAGAGCUUUAGAAGACCGGCCUUUGCUGUUUGCCACGUUAGGGGGCGGCAUGGUGGCUGUGGAACCACAAUCGGGAAAUAUAAUAUGGAAACUUAAAGACGAACCUGUAGUAAAAGUCCCGAAUCAACAUGCAAAUCUCAUGCCUCAAUUUUUGCCGGAUCCUCGCCACGGUUUCCUCUACAUGUAUGGUCCGAGAGGAGACAAACAGAUGCUCAAGAAGUUACCAUUCACGAUACCGGAGCUGGUGGCGAAUGCGCCCUGUCGUUCUACCGAGGGUAUUCUUUAUACAGGGAAGAAGAGUGACACGUGGUUCAUGCUCGAUCCUUUAACUGGGACGCGAGAACAUGUUUCAGGCUUCGACAGUUCAAAGAUAUUUGACAGUGACAAUGAUCACACGUGCGAAGGCAAAAAGCGUGGUGUUUACAUCGCUCGCACGGAAUACAACAUAUUGAUGCACGACGCUAACAAUGAAAAUCAGAACUGGAACGUCACAUUCUUCGACUACACCUCGCAUGCGAUGGGCAAAGAAAUGCUGAACGAUUAUGGCAUCAUACAUUUUACAUCGACAUCGAAUGGGCGCGUCAUGUCAUUUGAUCGAAAAACUGGUGACCUCGUGUGGUCACAUAAUUUUGAAACGCCAGUCGUUGCUGCCUAUUUACUAGACAGAGAAGGACUUAUAUCUGUCCCUUUCAACUCUAUAGGCGAUGACACGUUGGACCAUAUCAUGGAAGAUGCCUCCACUUUAAGAAAUGGACAGGGAAUUAAAAAUUCCAAUAUUGAAUUGUAUCCUACUUUAUACAUAGGCGAGCACAAUCACGGCCUGUACGCUUUGUCAUCGCUAGUGGACAAAAAUACAGUGACAAUAUCCACAGGGCACACGAGACCAUUGCUUUUAGAAGGUCCCGUCACUGAAAACCAAGCGAAAGCGGAACGAGUCACAUACGAACCGUUUAAAAACGUUCACUACCAACUUAACGAUCUAAACUUACACGUUGCUCCGCCGUAUUUACUCCUGGGACAUUACAAAGUGCCGGAACUUACCACAUCAUGGAUGCCGCAGCUUCCGAAUAUGAACUUCCUCAACGCGCAUUUAACUCAGAACAAUGCCGUUAAAUUGAUAAAUGGGGAAGUUCACACCGACUCUGAGAAAGACGGUGAAAACGAGACCAACUUAAAGUCUAGCUCCGUAUCAGUUUCCGUUCAGACCGAUGAGUUUCAGGACUUCCACUUUAGACCAGAUCUGUGGUACAAGCAAGGGUAUAUCUGGCUCCAUCAGCAAGAGAACAAGGCGUUGAAAGUCCUGCUUAUAAUUCUGACGGGCCUGGUCGUUGCUAUGUUUUGGUAUCUGCGUUAUCAAGCUCGAGAGUUUCAACAACUGUCUCAAGGCGGUUCACGAAGUUCGAACUCGUCUACUUCCUCUCAAGGAGAAGUGACAGGUCAGCUGGUAGAACUUGGGGAGGGGGAGGUUCGUAUCGGCAAGAUCAGCUUCUACACAGGUCAAGUGUUAGGGAAGGGAUGUGAAGGAACAUUUGUGUACAGGGGCACAUUCGACAAGCGAGCGGUGGCCGUGAAGCGCCUGCUGCCGGAGUGCUUCACGUUCGCGGACCGCGAGGUGACGCUGCUGCGCGAGUCGGACGCGCACGCGCACGUCGUGCGGUACUACUGCACGGAGCGCGAUAAACAGUUCAGAUACAUUGCGUUAGAGCUGUGCUCAGCGACGUUACAGGAUUAUGUCGAGAGGAAAUUGAAUUUCGAAUGCAAAAUCGAAGCAGUUGAAGUGUUACGACAGGCGACGUUGGGUCUCUCGCAUCUACAUUCCAUGGAUAUCGUUCACAGAGAUAUCAAACCUCAUAAUGUUCUGCUGUCCAUGCCGUCGGGGACUGGCGAGGUUCGCGCGAUGAUAUCAGACUUUGGUCUGUCGAAAAAAUUGAAUAUCGGACGAGUCAGUUUCUCGAGGCGUUCUGGAGUCACCGGUACUGAUGGUUGGAUAGCGCCCGAAAUGAUCAACGGGGAAAGAACGACAACGUCAGUCGACAUGUUUUCUCUGGGCUGUGUGUUUUACUACGUGCUGUCAAAGGGAUACCAUCCCUUCGGCGACGUGCUGAGGAGGCAGGCUAACAUACUUACUGGGGAAUAUAAUUUGGAUCAAUUGGAAAAAGUGUUGCCCGAAGAAGAAGUGUUGAUAGCAAAGAUCUUGAUCAGAUCGAUGAUCGGCGAGCGCGCACACGCGAGGCCGGCCUGCGCCGCCGUGCUCAAGUACCCCAUGUUCUGGGGGAAGCAGAGCAUAUUGAACUUCUUACAGGACGUGAGCGACCAGGUGGAGAGCUGCAGCGGAGGCGUGGAGGGCGCGGCGCCCGCGCUGGAGCGCGGCGCGCGGCGCGUGCUGCGCGGCGACUGGCGCGCGCACGUGUGCGGCGCCGUGGCCGCCGACCUGCGCGCGCGCCGCACCUACCGCGGGGAGCGCGUCGCGCACCUGCUGCGCGCCAUCCGCAACAAGAAACAUCACUACAGAGAACUAGACGUGGAAAUUCGUGAAAGCCUCGGGAAGUUGCCCGAUGGAUUCGUCUCCUACUGGCUCAAGAGGUUCCCGCUGCUGCUGCCACACGUGUGGAUACAGAUGCAACAAUACAAACAGGAAGACAUUUUACAAGCUUACUACCCGCAUUCCUUCACCUUCAAUAGAGAUGACAUCAUAGAAUUCAGUGACGAUAUGGACAAUGAAGAAUUACUCCCGAGUGAUAUGGAGAAAAAUGAACUGUUCCUUAAAAGCAAAGUUUUCUUUGAUGAAAACGAUAAAGAAAAAAAAAAUUACAGAAAGGAAGGGUCUCCUCGUAAACGUGCAGAGAUAGUGAACUGGCGGAGUGACCAGCAAAGCACAGACUUUAGGAUACUUAGGCAAGACGACGUGAGAAUGAGAGAUAGGCAUUAUUAUAAGAAAAAGGAAAAGAAAAGGGAAGAUAUACCCGUCUGGAGUUUACCUCCGCAGUAGUUUACUAAGUUUUAUUUAUUUAAUUUUUAUAUAAGUGCAAUUCGUAAGAUUAAGUGGCGAAAAUGGUCUCAAUAAAAUUUGUACUGACCGUAGUUAAAUUUAGGAACUACUAGAUGAGAUUUUGAGUGUAUGAGAUGAGAGAUUAUUGAGCAUUAUUACAUGAUGUUUGGACUAUGGCCGAUGAUUUUAUUAU